AUGAACCGCGAGUUCGCGGAAGGCCGAGAGGGGUCGGCGCCGUCUCCCGCUGUGUUCGGGAGCGUUCAGGACGGUCGAGUCGUCUGCGGUGGCGCCAUGCGGGCAAGAAUUCCGGUCAAAACACGGACUGGGUCCGAGGCGCUGGCCGCGCUGUUUGAAGGCAUCUGCCGGCCACGGGGACACACUGCAGAAUACCCCCUGUGGUGUCAUGUUCGCGCCGAGUCGCAGGCGACGGCCUGCUUGCUGGCCGAGGAGUGGAAUGUAGGAAGUGUUCCACUGUGCACCGUUACCAGGGGCUGUUCGAAGCAUCCGCCAUACCUGAAAGACAAAGAAAUGGCAACAACACACACGUUGGAGCAGUGGGAGGCAGGACUGUCCACCUCUGACCUGGCCGACCAGCAAGCGCUUAUCGACCAGAUAGCCAAGGCCCUGCACAUGGAGUGGGACACCUCGGGGACGGCCGACCGGUUCGAGCAGAUGGCGUCCGACCUGUUCCGGGAGUUCGAGCGCGCCAAGAUGCGCCGCAUGGGACUCAGGAUCACCUGUCUCAUGGCGAUGUUCUUCGAUGAGUCGAUACCCGUACACAAGGACUACUACAGGCUGCAGGACACCAUGUGCUACUUCAUGGACCGGCGCGACUUCCGCAACAGCAGUGGCCAGAACCGGCUCACCAUGGACGCACUGGCCAGGGCCAUCAGCUCGUUCUCGGUACCCAGGGAACAUGUGUUCCCUCCCGGCUCCGUGGGACCCGACACGCUCCUGGUACUGCUGACGUCACUGCGACUGGAAGGACGCUGGAAGAAGCGAUUCGCUGUCUCCAAGGGCAUCUUCCAUCGGAUGCCGGGUGAAAUGACCAGCGAGACCAGGGUUCCCACGAUGCGUUGCACGGCUCCGUUCCGCACGGCCGAAUGCGCCGAGCUGGAGGCGACGCUGGUCGAAGUGCCGUACGAGAAUCCGCACAACUGCCUGGUCAUUCUCCUGCCCACGGGUCCGGGCGGUCUCGCCAGCCUCGAGGAGAAGUUCAGCGCACCCCUCGUGCUGCGCUCCAUCGACCGACUGCGGGACACCGGCGAGGUCGAGCUGUCGCUGCCAAAGUUUUGCAUCAGGCAGGUUACCGACCUCACUCAGUUCCUUCCCUCGUUGGGAGUUCGCGAGGCAUUCACGGCAGAGGCGCAACUGGACCGGCUCACUCCGGCCACCGACAAGGGCGUCCAGGUGUCCAGCGUCCGUCACGUGGCCACCGUCCACGUGAGCCAGGCCGGGGCUCGACCCGCGGUCCCGCAGACCGGCCUGUCCGCACCAGGACCUGCUGUCGCCAGGAAGAUAGCCGUAGACCGGCCCUUCAUGUUCCUCGUGCUCAACAAGAAACCCGACCUGGUGCUCCUUCUCGGCUCUGUCACCACCAUCGCGUAA